CUGCGUGACUCUUGUAUUUGCUGUGAGGAAAGUGAAACUCUUCAGACAUUCCCUGUUACAGAGCGGUGAAAUGCCGCAGCAAGGAAAUCAGGCAAAGUUCUGCUGUCCAAUCUGUCUGGAUCUGCUGAAGGAUCCGGUGACUAUUCCCUGUGGACACAACUACUGCAUGAGCUGCAUUAAAAGCUUCUGGGAUGAGGAAGAUCAUAAGAAAAGCCACAGCUGCCCUCAGUGCCGCCAGACGUUCAAACCGAGGCCUGUCCUGGUGAAAAACACCUUGUUGGCAGAGUUAGUGGAGGAACUGAAGAAGACUGGACCCCAAGAUGCUCCAGCUGAUCACUGCUAUGCUGGUCCUGGAGAUGUGGCCUGUGAUGUCUGCACUGGGAGGAAGCUGAAAGCCCUCACGUCCUGUCUGGUUUGUCUGGCUUCUUACUGUGAGCAGCACCUUCAGCCUCACUAUGAAUCUCCCACUUUUAAAAAACACAAACUCGUCGAGGCUUCUGUUAAACUUCAGGACACCAUCUGCUCUCAUCAUGACGAGGUGAUGAAGAUCUUCUGCCGCACUGAUCAGCAGUGUAUCUGUUAUCUCUGCUCAAUGGAAGAACACAGAGGCCACGACAUGAUCUCUGCUGCAGCAGAAAGGACAGAGAAGCAGGAGGAGCUCAGGAAAAGACGGCAAAAACUUCAGCGAAGAAUCCAGCACCGAGAGAAAGACGUGAAGGAGCUUCAGCAGGAGGUGGAGACGAUCGAUCGCUCCGCUGAUAAAGCAGUGGAGGACAAUCAGAAGAUUUUUACUGAGUUGAUCCGUGUGAUCGAGAAAAGAAGCUCUGAUGUGAAGCAGCAGAUCAGAUCCCUGCAGGAAACUGAAGCGAGUCGGGCCAAAGAGCUUCAGGAGGAGCUUCAGGAGGAGAUCUCUGAGCUGAAGAGGAAAGACGCUGAGCUGGAGCAGCUGGAGCACACAGAGGACCACACCCAGUUUCUCCACAGUUACCCCUCACUGUCACAACUUACUGAGUCUACAGACUCACCGAGACCAAAAACCAACCGUCUGCGGUACUUUGAGGAUGUGAUGGCAGCUGUGACGGCAGCCAGAGAUAAAAUACAGGCCUUCCUUGCAGAGCCCAUGUUUAGAGUUCAUUUCUUACAAUAUGCAUGUCACAUCACGCUGGAUCCAAACACAGCAAACGGAUUUCUGGUUUUAUCAGAGGGGAACAGAAAAAUAAAAUUUGAUGUAAAUAAUUCAGCAUAUUCUCAACAUCCAGACAGAUUCAUUAACAUAUCUCAGGUCUUGAGUAAAGAUGGACUGACUGGACGGUGUUACUGGGAGGUGGAGAUGAGCAGGAAUGCUGCAGUAGCAGUCGCUUAUAAGAGUAUUGGCAGAUCAGGGGACUUCAAUGCACAUGUAUUUGGAUACAAUGAGAAGUCUUGGGUAUUAAAUUGUGGCAGUAGUUAUAGCUUCAGCCACAACAACCUUUCAACUGGCAUCUCAGGUCCUAAAUCCUCCAGAAUAGGCGUGUACCUGGAUCACAGUGCAGGUCUUCUGUCUUUCUACAGCGUCACUGAAACCAUGACUCUCCUCCACAGAGUCCAGACCACAUUCACUCAGCCGCUCUAUGCUGGACUGUUUCUUGGUGGUUUUAAUGGAGACACUGCUGAGUUGUGUAAACUCAAGUAGUGAUUAAAGAGGCUGAUCAGAGGUUAGCAUCAAAGACAUGUACUGUAACUUCUGUGGGACAUUAAUGUAGACGUAGUUCACUAGUGGGCACAUUAACAGCUUUACAGGGACAGUUUAAGUGAUUUGACCGUUGUGAUUAUUGGGUUUUUAUCUAAUACAUAAUGUGUAUAAAUGCGUUUCAAAUUAUGUCUCAUCUGACAGGAAGUCGAGCGUAACUCUUAGUUCACUCAGUCUUUGAAUUAACAAGUUAUUGUUUUAAGGCACUGCUCUGUUGGUAGACAGACAUAAUAGAGAGGCAAUGAGAAAAGUUUGAUUAUUGAUUGAUUAAUAUUUAGAAGUUUAGUUUAAAAGAACAUUUUAUCUGUUAUUGUAUACAUUUGAUAUGCACUGCAACUAAAGGAUGUUUUCUGAAAAUGCAACACUCUCCCAAAGCUUAAUUAUGAUGAAUUUGUGAAAUGUAACACAUUUGUGUCUGUGAUUUUCUAAAUUCAUAGAGACUAUGUGUCUCAUUCUUUUAAUCUUCAACUUAUAAUAUAAGUUGCAGAAAUGCUCAAUGAUUGCAGCAUUUCACAACAGACCACAAAAUAUUGAAGCAUGAAAAAAUAUAAAUCAAAUACUAAGAAAUACCAAUUUUAGCAGUCACCAAUCUUCAACUGUCUAUUAAUGUUAUUAAGUAUUUUUUGAUUAAACAUUGUCACCUGAACAUCAAACUGUAGCUUAUAGCUAAUUAUUUCUUACAGAGAAUCACAGGUCCAUAAAGUGGAAAGUAGUAUCUUGGUAACUAACUCCACUAAUCAAAUGAUUCUCCUGAUGGUUAUUUUAUACAGACAGAUUGGAGACGGAGUCUAACGUAUGUAGGAGGAGGAACCUGAGAGUUCAGGCUCAGGGUAAAAAUAUUGUCCUUACAUCACUCUGCUGCUCAGGAAGCUUUUUGUGGGAGCUCCUGUUAACAGGAGGAGUCAAUAAAAGAUAACGCUCCUAAAACUUCUGAGGAAAUGGAGCAACAAUUAAUCUGAAAAGAAAGAAGAAAAUUAAACUGUUGUU